GAUCAACGCCGCCAGGGAAAACGAACAGAUAAUGGUAUGAAGUUUACCAUAUCAUCUUUCGUGGCAACACUUUCCUCAGCUCCACUGAAACUUCCUCGUCCACCCACUCUACUAGUUCACCAUCCAACGUGCGGCUUUCCCGAAUAUCAUAUACGACUCUACCACCACCGCUCACAUUUUGCGCGACAUCAGUGCCGUCUUGCUCCAAUAUCGACCAUGACCCGGAAGCUUGCCCCGACGGCGCGGCCCGAUUCCUCACUGUCGCCCCCACCUAAUGGCCUCCAAACUCACAACGCGGCCCGUCAACAACCCGCAGUUACUGCAAGGAAGCGUAAGGCAGAGACCACAGUGACAGGAACCAAACGUGUACGCAAGGCAGUUGCCUACGAAGAAAGCGAUGAGAGUGCUGUCGAAUCAGCGGAGACCAUACCCAACAAGCGAGCACGCAAGGCCAAAGCGAAGGAGACAAUUGUCGAGGAUGUUGACAUGGUCAGCAAGUUCAAGGUAGCGCCAAAGAGAACGAGCAAGAAGAAGGAAGAAGACAGCGCACCCUUGGAGCAACGAACUGUGGGCAGCAAGCUUCUUGUUGGCGCCCAUGUGAGUAUCGCGGGAGGUGUCCACAAUGCCAUUCCGAACUUGAUUCACAUAGGCGCCAAUGCCUUCGCCUUAUUCCUGAAAAAUCAGAGGAAAUGGGAUAGCCCACCCUUGGAUCCGGAGCAAGUCACCCUAUUCAUGGAUGGCUGCAAACGUCACAGUAUUCAAGUCAACGAAUGCUGUGUUCCCCAUGGCUCAUACUUGGUCAACCUAGCCCACCCGGAUGAACAGCGCAAAGCUCAAGCCUAUAAAUCUUUCCAUGACGAUUUGACACGCUGUCACAGACUAUCCAUCCGGUUUUACAACUUUCACCCAGGGAACUUUGCCGCUACGACGCGCGAAAACGGGAUAAAGCUCAUCGCACAGGCCAUCAACAAAGCACACGAAGAUCCAGCGACGGGCGAGGUCAUCCCUCUCCUGGAGACCAUGGCCACGCUCGGCAAUACAAUUGGGGGAACUUUCCAAGAUCUUGCUGAUAUUAUCUCCCAUGUAACAAAUAAGGACCGUGUAGGGGUGUGCUUGGAUACCUGCCAUGUCUUCGCCGCCGGUUAUGACUUGCGGUCACCAGAAGCCUACGCAUCCACCAUGGAGGAGUUUGACCGAAUCAUCGGGUUCAAAUACCUCAAGGCGCUUCAUAUCAACGAUAGCAAGGCUCCACUCUCGUCUCACCGGGAUUUACACGCCAACAUCGGCACCGGCUAUCUGGGCCUACGCUCCUUCCAUAAUCUUGUCAACGAUCAACGUAUUCAUGGUUUGCCUAUGGUCUUAGAGACCCCAAUUGAUACGAAAGACGCAGAUGGCAAGAAAGGCGAAGACAAGGGUAUCUGGGCGCGGGAGAUUAAGCUUCUGGAGCAGCUCGUGGGCAUGGACGUAGAGAGCGAGGAGUUCAAACGGCAAGAAAAGCAGUUGGACACUGCUGGGGUUGGUGAACGCGAGCGCAUAGGCAGUCAAGUGAAGCGUAAAACAGCGAAGGAGUCCACGCCGAACAAGAAGACGACCAAAUCCAAGAAGAAGGCUGUUGAGACUAGCGACAGUGAAGUCGAGUAG